AUGCGUCUGCCAUACCGCAACAAGAAGGUCACCCUUUGGGUGUUAUUCGGCAUAAUUGUCGUCACCAUGUUCCUAUUCAAAUUCACCGAGCUGCGCCCCACCUGCCUAUUCAAAGUGGAUGCCACAAACGAUAUGUCAUCGCAAAUGGUGCGCAUGGAGAAAUACGUCACAGAUGACAAUCAGCGCGUUUAUUCAUACAACCGUGAGAUGCCAUUAAUAUUCAUAGGCGGUGUGCCCAGAUCUGGUACGACAUUAAUGCGCGCCAUGUUGGAUGCUCAUCCCGAUGUGCGCUGCGGGCAGGAGACGCGCGUCAUUCCGCGCAUUUUGCAGCUACGCUCGCACUGGCUGAAGUCCGAGAAGGAGUCGCUGCGACUGCAGGAGGCCGGCAUCACCAAGGAGGUCAUGAACAGCGCCAUAGCACAGUUCUGCUUGGAAAUCAUUGCGAAACAUGGCGAGCCGGCGCCGCGCUUAUGUAACAAGGAUCCGCUAACGCUCAAAAUGGGCUCCUAUGUAAUCGAGCUAUUUCCCAAUGCCAAAUUCUUGUUCAUGGUGCGAGAUGGACGGGCGACGGUUCAUUCGAUUAUAUCCCGCAAGGUGACAAUCACCGGCUUCGAUUUGACCAGCUACCGUCAGUGCAUGCAGAAAUGGAACCACGCCAUUGAGCUGAUGCACGAACAGUGCCGGGACAUUGGCAAGGACCGUUGCAUGAUGGUGUAUUAUGAGCAGCUGGUGCUGCAUCCGGAGGAAUGGAUGCGCAAAAUCUUAAAGUUCUUGGAGGUGCCAUGGAACGAGGCGGUGCUGCAUCAUGAGGAGUUCAUCAAUAAGCCCAACGGUGUACCGCUAUCCAAAGUGGAACGGUCCUCGGAUCAGGUAAUCAAGCCCGUCAACCUUGAGGCGCUGUCCAAGUGGGUGGGACAGAUACCCGUCGAUGUGGUGCGCGAUAUGGCUGACAUUGCGCCCAUGCUCUCCGUGCUGGGCUACGAUCCGUAUGCGAAUCCGCCGGACUACGGUAAGCCAGAUGCAUGGGUGCAGGACAAUACAUCUAAGCUAAAAGCCAACCGCAUUCUGUGGGAAAGUAAAGCGAAGCAAGUGCUGCAGAUGGAUACCAAAUCAGAGGACAACAACAAUUUUCAUAAAAAUAAUGAGGAUAAUAAUAUUGAGAACAACAAUAGCAACAGUAAAAAUAACAACAUGUUUAAUAUCAAUAAUUUAAUGCCAGAGCAACAAAAUCAACAGCAGGGGGCGAACCCCGAACAGGAGCAGGGGCAGGAGUCAGAGCAGUCACAGCUGCUGCAUCGGCAACAACAGCAGAGACAAAAGCCAAAGGAUGUCAUAACGAUAAAGCAGCUGCCGCCUAGCUACAAAAACAGCAACAAUAACAACAACAACCACAACAACAACAAUGGCAAGCAAUAUGUCAGUGCACUGGAGGACACAUGAUAUCCGCAUAUACCGAUAAGAUUACCGCGUGGCAAACAUUGAGACGACACACAAUGGUAACGGGAGAACGGCAACAGCAGUUUUAAUAGCAAACAGCAACAGAGACCCAUCAAAUGUUAGCUAACCAAUUUGAAAUUGUAUUAUCAAGAGUAAGCACAUGCAUAUGCAUGUAUAUGUAUGUAUAUAUUGGCAUGUUAUUUAUGUUAUGUAAGAUGCUUUCAACUGUUAUGUGUUGUGACCAGGACUAAGUACCAAAUUUGAAAAGCGAUCAACCAGCUAAUUCUGACACGAUUGCCGCAUAUAAGACACAAUAUAUACAACCAACUACACUUUUACAUAUACACAUACAUAUUAUUGGUGUACACAUAAGUUAUAGAUGAUUAAUAUGUACCACCAAUAAUAAUAAAAAGAAAAUGAAACAACUUUAACCAAAUAAAACAACUCGUUGCAGGAUGCUCACUGCACAGCUCCUCUUAAAUACUAUACCCACACUAUUGUUAUAACGACUAAAUAGUAAAUUUACAUACAUUUAUAUAGCCUUUGGCCAUUUUAAAAUGUUUUUUAUAAACGUUUUUUCGAGACUUGUGUCCAUUUAA